GGCCUAGUUACCUAUAACGAUAUGUUUUUGUCCUGAACAUUAACAGCUUAAUGGUGUGGCCUGAGUAGCUGGUUGGAUCUGAGCUACAGAGCUCUGGGCUUGGCCUGCCCAUUUUUCUCACAUAAAGGAACAGUGCCGAUGCCGUCUUCCUUCUCUAUCUGCCCCACCCCUGCCUGGUGUGUGGUGCCCUCCUUGCCUCAGACAUCUGUGUCAAGCUGGAACCGGGCGGGAGAGCAGUUGGCCACCUUUGGCAGAGAGCUGGGGUGCAGGGAAACUGAGCUUUGUUGAAUGGGGUGAUGUGACAAGAGACACAAAUGUGCGAGGCAGAGAGCAGUGAGACUCUGCUCAGUUUGCAUGAAUUGUGUCUGUCUGGGCUGUAGCUGAUAGUUGCUCAGUUCUGUGGAGCUGCUUGCUGGAAAGGGGUUGGCUAGUUAUGUGUAGGUGGUGGAUAUCCUGAUUCAGAUACAAAUGGCCUAAGCUUAUUGUUGGCUUUAUUCUUUCAGUCUGAAUGUAGCCUCUUUGCCUUCUUUUUUCCUGUUAAUGUGAAGUGUAUAUAUUUAAUGCUGAUAUUAAGAACUUGUACUCUUAACAAUGUAGGCACUGCUGUUAUUUAACGCUGCCAAGCAAAUAUCACUGAUGCCGCUUGGCAAGUUAGGGAAAACUGUUUUACUCCACUUUGAGGAAUGCAAAACAGGGAUUUGCCUGGAAUAUCUUACAUUCCAGGAUUUGCCUCUGUCCAUAAUUGUUGUAGUAUAUGCACAUGCAUUAAUUUCUGUUGCUGUAUUAAACUUCUCAUACCUGAAAUUCUUUAAGGAAUCAAGAUCUGUAAGAAGCAGUGAUGUGUUCAGUUUACUCCAGAGUCGCCCACUUUGGGAAUUUGUUUUGAUUUUAGUUUGAAUUUUAGUUCGAUUAUGGUAUUAUGCAUUUGGAAGACUGCCAAAAUAUUCUUCCAAGUAUGCCUAGGACUGCAGUGUUAUUAAUAGGGUUUAAAAAUCUAAAGAAGCUUUAUAAUUGAUGCAAAAAUUGCAGUAGUUAUAACUAUUAUUAUUAUUUAAAAGCUGAACUAAGAGUGGCAUGUUUAGAAUUUUGCUUAUCUGGGCUUUUGGGUGAAAUUACCAUUCUGUUUUGCUUUUUAAUCUUGGUUGCUAUGCAGCUUUUCCAAAAGAUGGAUCAAAAACCCUGUGGUUAUGAAGUUUUAGCUGCUUUCCUGUCAUUCCAGAGUAAUGGCAGAAAAAUAUUAAAUAUUUGCCCAUGUGUAUUCUUAUUCCCACCUGAGACACAGACUCAUUUGUGCUCCCUACCUGCUAAUUUCGGUGUGGAGAUUUUGGGCUGAAGAAUAGCCUAAACACUGAAAACAAGACCUUCAAGCACAGUUAACAGUCAUUUAAGAAAUAAUCACCACCCUCCUUUUUCUGGAUAAUAAUUGGGAGUUAAAGGAUCGUAUUUCUAAUGUGCACACAUUCUUGUAGUCUGCUGGAGACUCUUCCCAUACAGGACUUUUCUCUGUGAGCUUCAUGAAUGGCACAGUGGAAUAGAAGUUAACUUACUUCUUGUCCAGCCUUGAAGUGAGCUGAGCUGCAGUGCAACACACAGUGGUGAUGCAGCUUGUUACACUGGAAAUUAUCUUGGUGCUAAAACUGAACAGUAGGCAAGAUGAAUGGCUUCAAUAGUGAAGAAUUCAAUUUCAUUUUCCUUGAUGAAGGCUUCACUGCCAAGGAUAUUGUAGACCAAAAAAUAAAUGAAGUUUCUUCCUCAGAUGAUAAAGAUGCAUUUUAUAUAGCUGAUCUUGGGGAUGUUCUGAAAAAGCAGCUGCGAUGGUGCAAAGCCCUACCUAGAGUUUCUCCUUUCUAUGCUGUCAAGUGCAAUGACAGCAUAGCCAUAGUGAAGACUCUUGCUGCCCUUGGGACAGGAUUUGAUUGUGCCAGUAAAACUGAAAUCCAGCUGGUCCAGAGUGCUGGUGUGCCUCCAGAGCGCAUAAUAUAUGCAAAUCCAUGCAAACAAGUCUCUCAAAUUAAGCAUGCUGCAAAUAGUGGUGUGCAGAUGAUGACUUUUGAUAGUGAAGUUGAAUUGAUGAAAAUUGCAAGAGCCCAUCCAAAAGCAAAGAUGGUCUUGCGGAUUGCAACAGAUGACUCAAAGGCAGUUUGUCGUCUUAGUGUUAAAUUUGGAGCAACAUUAAAAACCAGUCGGUUGUUGCUUGAGCGUGCAAAAGAACUUGAUAUUGAUAUCAUUGGAGUCAGUUUCCAUGUUGGAAGUGGCUGUACAGAUCCUGAGACCUUUGUGCAAGCUAUUUCUGAUGCGCGAUGUGUUUUCGACAUGGGAGCUGAGCUUGGUUUCAAAAUGCAUCUGCUUGAUAUUGGUGGUGGCUUUCCUGGUUCUGAAGAUGUGAAACUUAAGUUUGAAGAGAUAACAAAUGUAAUCAAUCCAGCUUUGGACAAAUAUUUUCCUUCCGAUUCUGGAGUGAGAAUUAUUGCAGAGCCUGGCAGAUACUAUGUUGCAUCAGCUUUUACUCUGGCUGUUAACAUAAUUGCUAAGAAAGUUGUAAUAAAGGAGCAGACUGGAUCUGAUGAUGAAGAAGAAAUGAAUGACAAAACUCUUAUGUACUAUGUAAAUGAUGGAGUCUAUGGAUCUUUUAACUGCAUCUUGUAUGAUCAUGCACAUGUUAAGCCUGUUUUGCAAAAGAGACCUAAGCCAGAUGAGAGAUACUAUUCCUGCAGCAUAUGGGGGCCAACCUGUGAUGGCCUUGAUCGCAUAGUGGAGCGUUGUAAAAUGCCAGAGUUGCAGGUUGGAGAGUGGAUGCUGUUUGAAAACAUGGGUGCCUACACUGUGGCAGCUGCUUCCACCUUCAAUGGAUUCCAGAGGCCAACAAUACACUAUGUUAUGUCAAGGCCAGCAUGGCAAUUGAUGGAACAGAUAAAAGAGCAAGGGUUUCAAGCAGAAGUGGAAGAACAGGACAUCACUUUGCCACUGUCUUGUGCCUGGGAAAGUGGAAUUGAACACCAUCCAGCUGCUUGUGCUUCAGCUAGCAUUAAUGUAUAGAUAAGGUUUUAGCUAACUUGCAAGUUUAGGGAUGGAUAUUUUUAGAGCUCUUUGGGACCAUUAACUUAAUUCUUGCUAGAAUUGUUAAAUGUUUUGAAAGACUAGGGUGUGCGUAAGUGUAAAAGAAUAGGCAGUUGGGGAGGUCACAUUUAUCUGUGUUCCUAUGGAAACUAUUUGAAUAUUGUUUUAUAUGGAAUUUUAUUCACUUCUCAAAUAUGCUACUAAAACUGAUCCUUAACUGUCAAAACAAGCAUUUGUAGCUUGUCUAUUUGGCAGAAUAGUCUGGACCUGUGACCUGACUUUUAAAAUAAAGCCUAUUGAAAUAA